AUGUCUCUAAGGCUCUUAGUACGAGAUCAACCUGUUCGUACACUUGCGAUCAUAACCAGUACACACGCUCUCAUCUUCCAACAUGGCAUGUCUCCAAGCGUCCAUGCGCAGUCGAAUCCGUAUCCCCCAGCGAAGACAGUCUCUAAAUGCAUGGUAGAAUUCUCCAACAAUGCAGAUCUGUCCGAGUAUCGCGUGCUCAGGCCAUCAGGGAUUCAUGGGACUCUUGGUCUCAUCAAUAUUGGGCAAGACUUAUUCCUCUGUGUCAUCACUGAAGCAGCUCAAGUUGCCAAAGUUAGGCCUUACGAAACAGUACAUAAGAUACACUCCGUCGAAUUCUACUGUUUAACCAACAGCAACUACGAUCUCGACUACCGGCAGGAUUUUAAUCCAUAUACUGCUGAGACAUUCCCAUCGCAUGGCCAUCAUCGUGGGACGUAUGGGGAUGAUCCGUCCUUUGAGCAUCCUUGCCAUGAACUCAGCAGGAUGCUCAGCAGUGGCACAUUCUACUAUAGUGUUGAUUUUGACCUUACCAAUCGACUGCAGAGCAGAAUCUCCGAAGAAUCAGCCUUCGACGUGGAAAGCCUAGAUGAAGGUUUCUUGUGGAAUGCAUAUAUGAUUGAGCCACUUAUUAAGUUUAGAGCCCGACUUUCCAAAGGAGAGAGGGUGUUACUGGAUAAGUCACGUAUCUUAACUUCAGCAAUUAGAGGCUUCGUAUCUACUGUCACGGUGCCAGCAUCCGCCACGAGAGGAACAAGACCUAACUUGCCGGCUACCCUUACGCUUAUCUCUAGAUUAUCCUGUCGUCGGGCAGGAACGAGAUUCAAUUCUCGAGGCAUUGAUGACGAAGGCAACGCAGCGAACUUUGUGGAGACCGAAACAAUUCUUUGGCAUCCCACUGGACUCUGCUUCUCAUACGCCCAGGUGCGAGGUUCUGUACCCCUCUUUUGGGAACAAGCUCCAGGCCUCCUCCCCGGCCAGCACAAAAUUCAGGUGACGCGUUCUCCUGAAGCAACUCAGCCAGCUUUUGACAAGCAUUUCGAAUCUUUAGAGACUGAUUACGGAGUCAUCAGCAUUCUAAACUUGUUGAGUGAAUCCAAACCCGGGGAAGCUGAGUUGACGGCUAGAUACAAGUAUCACAUCCAGCAUAGUCCACUUAAUGAUGUCGUCCACGUGGGUACGCCAUCGGAGAAUCGUCUACUAGACGUGCAAUUUGACUUUCACGCGGAGACUCGAGGUGGGGGCUAUGAGUCCGCAGGUGCGGUCAAAUAUCUUGUGCAGCAUGCAGCUGAAUCUUUUGGAUUUUUCCUUUGUGAAGAUGUACAAUCAAAUGAAAAGUCAUCGAGGUCUAGCAAUUCAAUGAUCAUGUUCCAGCAAGAUGGGGUGUUCCGCACGAAUUGCCUAGACUGCCUUGACCGCACGAACCUAAUCCAGACUAUCCUUUCGCAAAUGGCACUGGAGCUUUUCUUUAAGCACCGAAGGGAGUCUAUCUCUCCAGAUUACUGGGGUCGACAUUCCAUUGUAUGGGCAGAUAACGGAGACGCCUUGUCCAAGAUUUAUGCCGGUACGGGUGCUCUUAAAUCUUCAUUUACCCGCCACGGAAAAAUGAGCAUAGCAGGAGCCAUAGCGGACGCACGAAAGUCGGCCACGAGGCUUUAUGUCAACAAUUUCGUCGAUAAAGGCAAGCAAAACACGAUUGAUAUGCUGCUUGGCCGAUUAGUGGACCAGUCUCCAGUUUAUCUUUACGACCCCAUUACAGACUACGUGAACUCUGAGCUAAAUCGCAGAGUCCACGAGUUUUCCAAUUCUGAGAAUAUCCAAAUUUGGGUUGGCACUUUGAACGUGAACGGUAAGACUACUGGUUUGCAGCAAGAUUUGUCAUCAUGGCUAUGCCCUCAACCCAACUGGUCACGACAGCGACCCGAUAUUGUAGUAGUAGGUCUUCAAGAGAUUGUCGAGCUCAGUCCGCAGCAAAUCAUGUCGACAGACCCUGUCAGGCUACAGGGUUGGGAACAGGCAGUCAAACAGACCAUCAACAAAGACUUACUGGAGGGUUACGUACUCCUGCGCACUGGUCAGCUCGUUGGUGCAGCUCUUAUGGUUUUCGUUAAGACUAGUGCUCUGAGUAGGAUCAAGAAUGUGGAAGGUAGCACUAAGAAGACAGGUUUGUCAGGUAUGGCAGGGAACAAAGGAGCUGUGGCAAUCAGAAUGGAUUUCGCAAGCACUCGCCUCUGCUUUGUGACUGCACACCUGGCGGCGGGUUUUGCCAACUUUGAAGAACGAAAUCACGACUAUCGAACGAUCAGUCACGGUUUACACUUUCUGCGAAAUCGCUCGAUAGAAGACCACGAUACAAUAAUUUGGGCUGGAGACUUCAAUUAUCGAAUUGGGUUGGGCGACGAAAAGGUUCGACAUCUUGUAAAACUCGGUGAUCUUGACAGUUUAUAUAAGAAUGAUCAGCUCAAUUUGCAAAUGGUUGCUGGUCGGACCUUCCCUCAUUACUCUGAGUCUCGAAUUACAUUUUUGCCGACUUACAAAUUCGAUAUUGCAAGCGAUAACUAUGACUCGUCCGAGAAAGCCCGCAUACCGGCAUGGUGCGAUCGAGUGUUACGUAAAGGGGAAAAUCUCAAGCAGAUCAAUUACAUCGCAGCUCCGCUUCGCUUCUCGGAUCAUCGACCUGUUUAUGCGACGUUUGAAUGCACAGUAGAUGUCGUACAUGAGGUGAGAAAGGAACAACUGAGCCAUGAGAUAUACACCAAGAGGAAGGCCGAAAUUGGUGAUGCGACGGCUGGUCUCAAGGGAGAUGGGUUUGCUGAGGACAUGAUGGGGUAUGAACCAAUUGCUCCAGAAUUGCCGCCAGCCAGUUCUGACCGCCAAAAAUGGUGGCUCGACAAUAGCCUCCCAGCGCGGUCGCAGCUCAAAGCUCCUGGAGAGAUGUACGAGCUCAAUAAGGACCGACCUGCCAAUCCUUUCAUUGAGGCUACUGAGUCAGAUUGGGUGCUUGUAUCGAAAGGACGCCCAAACACUAACAGGCCGGCAACAACUGCACCACCCGUAUUCCGGAAACCGGCACCACCAAUCCCUCAGAAACCAGAAUCACUUUCAAGCAAUGGUGAACCGGAGCUUGUAAGCAACAAAAAGAGUCAUGAUGAUGAUAUUCUCAGAUCAAUUAAAUUACCAACGGAGGGAGAAAUCGAGGCGCCUAUCGACCGAUCUAAUGUCAUUGAUAAAGACAUACAGACAUUUACUCCCGAAACCAGCAGUGUAGCUAUUGGCAAGAAGCGGUUAGGAUCACCAAAGUCAAUUGGAUCGAACGGCCCACCCUUGCCACCGAGGAGUCUUCCGGCAGAUCGCGAAUUGACAGCAGGUUUACUGGACGAAGAUGAUGGCGGAGGAGUCAAGGGCAUUCCUUCUUUACAGCCGCAGCGUAGAACAUAG